AGGUGACAGGGUUUUGUGGAGUCUUCCUUGUCAGCAUGUCUGGUCGCGGCAAAGGCGGGAAGGGCCUGGGCAAGGGGGGCGCCAAGCGCCACCGCAAGGUGCUGCGCGACAACAUCCAGGGCAUCACCAAGCCCGCCAUCCGGCGGCUGGCCCGGCGCGGCGGCGUCAAGCGCAUCUCCGGCCUCAUCUACGAGGAGACCCGCGGGGUGCUCAAGGUUUUCCUGGAGAACGUGAUCCGGGACGCCGUCACCUACACGGAGCACGCCAAGCGCAAGACGGUCACGGCCAUGGACGUGGUGUACGCGCUCAAGCGCCAGGGCCGCACCCUCUACGGCUUCGGAGGCUGAGCUCCAGGUUCCCGGCUUCCGGGGCUCUGCACCCCCGUCCCGCCCUGUCUACUAACAAAAGGCCCUUUUCAGGGCUCCCCCCACUCUCACAGAGGAGCCGUGACGCUGGUUUGACGCUCGCUGGUCCGCGUCCCGCACGGGUCGCUCCCUCUCCUGUUGCAAACCUACAACAGCGAACCUUUCCGCCUGGCUUGGGGUCUUGUUAGCUGCGAAUUCGCUCGAGGAAGCAGGUCGUGUGAAGAGGCUUCUGAGGCCUGCGGUGGACACAACUUACUUUUUGAGGCUUAACUGUGGGCCUGCUGGGGAGACCCCCCUCCUGUGAUCGGCCCCUUGCCAGAAGUCCUGCAGAGUCCGCUUGGCAGAGUUGAAAAAGUUUUCAGACUUAAAGUUAGGGAAGUUUUUAUUCUAAGGUGGCAAUCUAUUAAGUUUGUAAUUGAGGGCUCCGUUCCCUCUAAAUGUCACCUGUCAAUCAGGUCAGUGGUGUCUAAGUCUGGAGGGGCCAUUAAUGUCCUAUUGUUCGCCAUCACUUACUUCCCACGAAGAGUAGACGGCUUUUAAAAGUUAACGCUAAAUGUGUUUUUGUAUGUUUUAAGGGCAAGGAUCCUAAUCGGUGCUCGUUCAGCGUUAAUUUAUGACGUACAAAUGGUGGAUGUAACACAUGGAAAAUGUACUUUUAACUCGUGGGGAAAUGUCAGCUUUGGCACCAGCAAGUGGACCCACGUGAACUUUGGACAUAAAGAC